GCGCCCUGCCGGGCACUCGGGACGCGGCUCCCGGGAGAGGGACGCAGCCCCCGCCGAGCCGGGCAGCGCCGGGGCGAUGUUCCCGCUGUGGAAGGCCGUUCUCUCGGAGACUGUCCUGGGCUACAUUUCUUGGUCUCUUUACCAUGCACUGCCACCAAUGAUCUACUACUUCCCUCUUCAGACGCUGGCACUCACAGGCAUAGAAGUUUUUGCUGUUGCCUUCUUUUCCCCGAUAAUCUUGACAAUUGGCCCUUUUUGGAGGUUGGCUAACAAUGAGUAUGUCCUAGCCUUUCUGAGACUGACUAUGGUUGGAAGCUUAGCAUCAUACCAUGCACCAAAUGCUUCAAUUAGACUGCUCAUCUUGGCUGCUGGUGUUUCUUCUUCAUUGCUGGUUCAAACAGUAACAUGGUGGUCAGGAAACAGUUUACAAAGGUUCAUCAGGAUAUGGGGCUUCAUGCUAGGCAAGAUAAUGCUCCUUGUUCUUCGUAUCUGGUACACAUCCCUUAAUCCAGUCUGGAGCUCACAAGUUGCCAAUACUGUCAUAUUGACAAUUGGUUUCAUAGCAGCAGUGGAGCAAAUCCAUUCAGGUAGAGACAAGAGGAAACAAGAAACAAACAAAACUGGUAAUGUGAUUAGAGAGACUGCUUCCCAUCCUCAUUGGUUUUCAUCAGGGAUUGCUUUUGGCAGCCUCAUGUUCCUCACUCUGUGGAUAUUUGGGGAGGUUUCCCUAAUUUCCAGAUGGGCAGUAAGUGGACAUCCACAUACAGGUCCAGAUCCUAAUCCAUAUGGAGGUACAGUUCUGUUGGGCCUUGCUCAUGGACUGAUGCUUUCAUUUUGGAGCUGGUCUUCUAUCAUCAGUUUUGCCUUGUUUCUUAUAGGUUUGGCAUCUUCAGCUGGUCUGCUUUACUUACACACCUGGAGUGCUGCUGUUGCAGGCAACAUUCUUGGGGUCUUUACUAUGUGUGUGUGGCCUCAGCUAGCGGGAUGCUUUGUUAGCUGUCCCCAUCCUGGGAAAGCCAUGAGCACAGCCAUGUUUGCCUACGUUCUUGAAUUGUUCUUCUGUGUGUGGUGUACAGCUUAUAAAUUUGUACCCGGAGGAGUUUACAUUAGAGAAAGCUCCCAUCUUCUUCUAGGUUUUAUAAUGUUAUGUAUUGGGAUAGAAUUUCUAACAGGACCCAAGAAAGACCUUAGCUCUGUCUUUGAAGUGAAAAGCAACCAAAAACCAUUCUUCAAAAGGAGUAAAAACUAUAUUAAACUAUUAUUGUGGCUGCUUGUUGGUGUUGGCUUGCUUGGAUUGGGUUUACGUUAUAAAACUUACCAGAAGAAGUUGGGCCAAGGGGUUCCAAAAAGAGAUUUCUCUGCCAUGAUCUGGCCUUUUAGAUUUGGAUAUGACAAUGAAGGAUGGUCUAAUUUGGAAGGAUCAGCUAAUUUGCUUAAUCAGACAGGAGCAGAUUUUAUCACUAUUAUAGAGAGUGAUGCCUCUAAACCAUUCAUUGGAAACCAUGAUCCAACCAUGUGGCUAGGAGAAAGACUGGGAUUUUACACUGAUUUUGGUCCAAGCACAAGAGAUCACACCUGGGGGAUUAUGGCACUGUCCAGGUAUCCAAUUGUAAAAUCAACCCAUCACCUCCUUCCAUCUCCAGAGGGAGAGAUUGCACCUGCCAUCUCCCUGACUGUCAACUUCACAGGGAAGCUGGUUGAUUUUGUUGUUGCUCACUUCGGAAAUGAAGAAGAGGACUUGGACAGAAAACUCCAAGCAAUCGCUGUUUCAAACCUGUUGAAGACUAGCUCUAAACAAGUUGUGUUUCUAGGAUACAUCACUUCAGCACCUGGAUCCAGAGACUAUUCUGAAUUAAUAAAAAAUGGAAAUGUGCAGGACAUUGACAGUACAGACCGGGACAGAUGGUGUAGCUACAUUAUGUAUCGUGGAGUCAUAAGGCUGGGUUAUGCCCGCAUAUCUCAUGCUGGUUUAAGUGAUUCAGAAGUCCAGAUGGCCAAAUUUAGAAUCCCAGAUCACGUGGAUAGCUAUGUUGACAAUGACAGAAUUGUCACUGAUCCCAGCCAAGUUCCUGAGGACAUCCAUUUCAAUCCCAGGUUUGGAUCUUAUAAAGAUGGACAUAAUUAUGUGCCUAUUCACCACUUUCAUAUGAGCACACCUAAAUAUUUUAAACGGACAAAUUAAAGCAAGAAAAUAAGAUUAUUAUUCAGACCAACAAGAAAGAUUUGUUGCUUGAAACUGAAUUGACAGCCAAAAAGACUACACUGUUUAAGGCUGAGCAACUCCCAUGCUGCACAACACUGUGAAUGUCUAUGUAAUAGCUGGGGACUUCCUUCUUGAAUGAGCUGCCAUCACUGUGAGGGGGGGAAGAUGCACACAUUUUGAUAAACUGGUUGGCCAGAUACCUGCUUUGUAUGCCACAGAGCAAGGGUGGGAACUUGUUUUGGCUACAACUUCUUCAGCUUUUGUGAAGGUAUCAUGUAUCAUGACGUUUCAGAGUGCUAUUGCUGCUACUGCAAUAAAAAGAUUGA